GAACUCCGAAAUCACUCGCCGGAGAGUCAUAAAAAGACCGAGGAUUUGUUGAUCACCGGACCAUCGCCGGCCAUGGCUAUGCAAGCUGGAGUAGGCUUAACUAAGAUCGUAUUUAUCGUCGGAGCUGGGUAUACAGGUACUUUGCUUUUCAAAAACGGUAAAUUAUCUGAUGUGAUAGGCGAGCUUCAGAAUUUGGUAAGAAGUUAUGAAAAAUCAGGGGAGUCAGAUGGUGGAGAAUCGGAUGUCAUUGCUGCACAGGUUCGUAGGUUGGCAAUGGAGGUUCGGCAGUUGGCUUCGGCACGACCAAUUACUGUUCUAAAUGGAAGUUCUAGCGGUAAUUGGACAUCUCUGAUAGUGCCAGCUGCUGCAGUGGGUGCCUUAGGUUAUGGAUACAUGUGGUGGAAGGGUCUGUCAUUCUCGGACCUUAUGUAUGUAACGAAAAAGAACAUGGCAACUGCUGUGUCAAAUCUGACAAAACAUCUGGAGCAUGUCUCAGAUGCUCUUGCUGCCACAAAGAAGCAUUUGACACAGCGAAUUGAGAACGUGGAUGGGAAAUUGGAUGAGCAAAUGGAGAUGUCAAAACUAUUAAGGAAUGAGGUUAAUGGUGUGCGUGGUGAUCUAUCCAAGAUUGACUGUGAUUUGGAUGAAUUAAAAGGGUUGGUUUAUGGUCUGGAUGGCAAGUUACUAUCCUUGGAAGGCAAGCAGAACCUUACAAAUGCUGGUGUCAUGUACCUGUGCGAUUUUAUCAGUGGGAAAAGGGUGAAGAUGCCUGAAACACUGCAGGAACAACUUAAAACCGUGGGCAACUCUAUUCCUAGUCUAAUGGGCCUUAAAGAGCUUGCUGACUCCUCACCGCAAGCAAUGAACAGCAUAUUUAUUACAGAAAUUGUGCAAGAUGGUACUGAUAAGUUGUUAGAGCCACCUAGGCCCCUAUUGAGGACGGCCUCUAUCAGGUGCUGAAUGACGGUCACUUGGAUUGCUUUUGGGUUAUAUUAUACAGAGUUGACCAUAGCUGGUUUUCACCAGUAUACUUAAUGAAUGUAUUCAAAUCUCAAGAUUUGUACAUGCUGAGAUAAGUACAUGCUACUAAGGGGUGGUUUGGUAGGAGGUAUUAGAAAAAAUAAUGCAAGCAUUAGCUUUAUGCAUUACUAAUACCUUGUUUGGUACAUUUUUUCAACCUGUGUAUAACUAAUACAGUAUUAGUUAUACAUCAUACUUGGUAUUAUCCUAUGUAUAAGUAAUGCAUAGAAAACCAUGGCAUUAGUAAUACCAAGGCUACUAAUGCAUGUAUUAGGUUGGUUAAAGAUAAGAUUAUUCUUAAAGUCCCUUAAAGCUUGAGAAUAUGAAGGGCAUUUUUGUAAACAA